AUGAUGGAGCAGCGGCAGAGCGCGGUGUACCCGGCAAAUAUAACGGAGUUGCUGGCGGUGUCGGCGUACGGUCAAAAUGUUUCCGUGUCGGUCAAGCCCGACGGCGAAGAGAAGUACAACGCCGACGGCCGGCUGGACUUCACCGACAACGUGGACAGUUACGUCGACACUGGGGGCUUCGCCGACAGAUCCUCGUCGCCAUCUCUGGACGACGGGGAGAGUUCUUUCGGCGUGGAUUUGACGGGGAAGUCGACGAAUUUGGCGGGGAAAUCUUUCACGAUCGCCGCCAUCUUGGGGCUGACGAACGGCGACGAGGACGUGAUGAACCUCAGCGUGCAGGAGCGGUUGCAGGGGCAGAGACAGCUGCAGAGCUACCUGUACGCCGGCCGCGGCGCGCACCGGCUGCACGACGGCUUCUGCCGGAGCUUGGUGGGACCCGCGGCCUUGACACAAGACAGCCCCCGCGCCGAGCCGCGCGCGCCGGCCGCCGCGCUGAAGAGCACGCGGGCGCAGUCCAUAUCAUGUAGCAAUAGUUCAGGUAGAAGUAAGAGAAUCCGCACGAUCUUCACCCCGGAGCAGCUGGAGAGGCUGGAGGCGGAGUUUGAGCGGCAGCAGUACAUGGUGGGCCCCGAGCGGCUGUACCUCGCGCAUGCGCUGCAGCUCACCGAGGCGCAGGUUAAAGUGUGGUUCCAAAACCGUCGCAUAAAAUGGAGGAAGCAUCACCUGGAGGUGACGCAGCAGCGGCUGGCGGUCUUACAGCGGCACCGGCCCGAGGACGACGACGUGUGAGCCGCCGCUCUCCGCGCACCCUUCAUGCUGCCAGCCUUCUCGACAUCUGUCUGAGGAAACACCAGCUGAUGGCGACGCGAGCGAGGGGCUGCCGCCAGCACCCGUCUAA